UGCCAACGGUUUUGAGCGUGGAGGACCGCGCUAAAUCGGGGGACCUUGGUCUUUUCCAACCCAGGCUCAGGUUAGGGCCGCAGUCCCUUUCUCCACCCUGGCAAGUUGGGGGCUGAGGACUGGAGUCGCGGAGAGUGGUCGGAAUCGGGUGGUCACGGUAAAGGAACUCAAGCUUAAGUGCGACAUGCUUUUUAGGGAUGUUUCAGAGUGAGACUGAAAGUUUACAAGGUUUCUUUUGGGGGCAAUUGUGAGUGAUUCUAGGGAUCCUCUCUUUGACUUUCUAGGAGGGAUUGUAGGAGAUACACAAGGGAACUGACCCUGGGUAGAACAGGUGAAGUGGGCGGGGACGGACAAAGGGCGAGACUGGAGCUCUUGUGGUAUAGACAUUGGACCUUACUGGUUUGGAGUCCCUUUCAAUUUGCACGUUCUGGGUGUGAGAAUUAAGAGCCCAGUUGACUAGAGAUAACUUGUGCCGAAACUGGUCUGCAGCUUCCAGCACUCUAGCUGCGAAGAGGAGCUGCAGUGGUGCUGUUUCCUCGCUGUAGGUCUUAUGUCCUUACCUCCCCUGUGCUGCACCCUCCUUUUCCACCAUUCCCAGGAGCUGGGAAAAGGAAUGCCUUUACCCUCUCUAUGGCCUCUAGAAACGGUGGAAACCUUUCAUCCGACCAGAAAGCCUUGAAACCCUUGUUCAGCCGGGAUCCACCAAGGAGUCUUCCUUCCUUCUCCCAAAUCUUCCUUCUCCAAGGAAGUUUUCCCAUUGGACUCUCUCAAAGCUGAAUCAGGAGCUCUCAGAUUUCUAUUGUCACCGGUUAUUUUUUAUGUAUACUUAUGGCAACCUCAGCUACCAGACCCAGUUCACCUCUCCGGCCAGAGGAUCUCCUGAGUGAUUCGUCAGAACCCACUGGGCUGAACCAAGUGUCCUCUGAGGUGACCUCCCAGCUCUAUGCUUCUUUGCAACUCAGCCGUCAAGCGGAGGCCACAGCCCGAGCCCAGCUGUAUUUAGCCUCUGCCUCCUCACCUCCUCAUGAGGCCUUAGAAGGUUUGGCCCAAGAGCUGAGUCACAGCUUGUCCCUGGGAUUGGAGAACAACUUGAAGAAAAAGGAUGGUUCUAAGCAUAUCUUUGAGAUGGAAAGUGUUCGAGGUCAGCUUCAGACCAUGCUCCAAACCUCACGUGAUGCAGUCUAUCGGGAUCCCCUCAUUUCAGGUGCUGCCUCAGAGAGACGGGAUGAAGACUCCUUUGACAGUGACAGCACAGCUACCUUACUCAACACCCGGCCCCUGCAGGACUUAUCUCCAUCCAGCUCAGCCCAGGCCCUGGAGGAGUUGUUUCCUCGAUAUACUAGCCUUCGGCCAGGGCCCCCACUCAAUCCCCCAGAUUUUCAGGGGCUGAAAGAUGCACUGGACUCAGAGCAUACCCGUCGCAAGCAUUGUGAGCGCCACAUUCAGAGCCUGCAGACCCGAGUGCUAGAGCUACAGCAACAGUUAGCCGUGGCUGUGGCUGCUGACCGCAAGAAAGAUAUCAUGAUUGAGCAACUGGACAAGACCCUGGCCCGUGUGGUGGAGGGCUGGAAUCGGCAUGAGGCAGAACGGACAGAAGUGCUUCGAGGACUUCAAGAGGAACGCCAAGCAGCAGAACUUACUAGAAGCAAACAGCAGGAGACAGUAACCCGCCUGGAACAAAGUCUUUCAGAGGCCUUGGAGGCCCUGAAUCGUGAGCAGGAAGGUGCCAGAUUGCAGCAACGGGAAAGAGAGGCACUGGAAGAAGAGAGGCAAGGACUGACCCUGAGCUUAGAGGUCGAACAGCAGCGGUGCCGCGCCCUGCAGGAAGAACUGGACGAGGCUCGGGCUGGGCAACUCAAUGAGCAUCUAAAGCUGGAUGCACUUCAGGUUGCCCUAGAAAAAGAGCGGCAGGCCUGGGCCCAGCAGGAACACCAGCUUAAGGAACGCUACCAGGCACUGCAGGGGGAAGGCCAGGCACAGCUGGAAAGGGAGAAGGGGAAUAGCCAGAGGGAGGCCCAGGCAGCCCGAGAGGCCCAGCAGCAAUUGACAUUGGUACAGUCUGAGGUGCGGCGGCUGGAAGGGGAGCUAGACACAGCACGGAGAGAGAGAGAUGCACUGCAGCUGGAAAUGAGCUUGGUGCAGGCCCGGUAUGAGAGCCAGCGGAUCCAGAUGGAGUCAGAUCUGGCUGUGCAGCUGGAGCAGCGGGUGACUGAGCGGCUGGCUCAGGCUCAGGAGAGCAACCUACGACAAGCAGCCUCCCUCAGGGAGCAUCACAGGAAGCAGCUGCAGGACCUUAAUGGACAGCACCAGCAGGAACUGGCUACUCAAUUGGCUCAGUUCAAGGUGGAAAUGGCAGAACGAGAAGAACGGCAGCAGCAGGUGGCUCAGGACUAUGAACUCAGACUUGCACGGGAGCAAGCACGAGUGCAGGACUUGCAGAGUGGGAACCAACAGCUGGAGGAGCAAAGGGUGGAGUUGGUGGAGCGGCUCCAUGCCAUGCUGCAGGCCCACUGGGAGGAGGCCAACCAACUGCUCAGCACUACCCUCCCACCUCCUAACCCUCCGGUUCCUUCUGCCAAACCCUGUAGUCCUGGCCUUCCAGAGUCAGAGAAGAGAGAGAGGAGGAUGUGGACCAUGCCUUCUGUAGCUGUGGCCCUGAAGCCAGUGUUGCAGCAGAGCAGGGAAGCGAGGGAUGAACUGUCUGGAGUGCCUCCUGUUCUCUGCACCCCCUCCCCAGAUCUUAGCCUCCUGCUGGGCCCCCCUUUCCAGAGCCAGCAUUCCUUCCAGCCCCUGGAGCCCAAACCAGAUCUCACUCCACCCACAGCUGGGACCUUCUCUGCCCUUGGGGCCUUCCAUCCCGAUCACACAGCAGAACGGCCAUUUCCUGAGGAAGAUCCUGGAUCUGAUGGGGAUGGCUUCCCAAAGCAAGGGCUACCACCUCCUCCUCAGCUGGAGGGCCUCAAGAAUUUUUUGCAGCAGCUGCUGGAGACAGUACCCCAGAGCAGUGAGAACCCCUCUGUUGACCCGUUGCUCCCAAAGUCUGGUCCUCCGACUGUCCCAUCUUGGGAGGAAGCUCCUCAAGUGCCACGCCUUCCACCCCCUGUCCAUAAAACUAAAGUCCCCUUAGCCACAGCAUCUAGUCUUUUCCGGGUCCAGGAGCUUCCCUCAUCCCAUUCACAAGGCAAUGGUCCCAGCACUGGUUCCCCAGAGAGAGGUAUGGAUGGUCUUAGCUCGUCAGGCCAGCUGAUGGAGGUGUCUCAGCUAUUACGACUGUACCAGGCUCGGGGCUGGGGGGCUCUGCCUGCUGAGGACCUGCUGCUCUAUCUGAAGAGGCUGGAAAACAGCGGGACUGAUGGCCGAGGGGAGAAUAUCCCCAGAAGAAACACAGACUCCCGCUUGGGUGAGAUCCCCCGGAAAGAGGUGAGGGCAAGUCCAGCAGGGACCAGGGGAGAGCAGAUAGCUCACUGCCCAGUUUCUUCAGCUCUUGAUACUCCCUGGCUGGCUCCAGCUCCCCCUUGCCUGGCCCCUCCAAUCCCAGUUCCCACUUGCUAGAGCAUAGAUUUUCUUUUCCCUUUGGUGAUUGCUUCUGGUCUUCUCUGUGCACCAUGCCUUUCCUCUGUGGGGUGGGGGGAUUGGGAGUGUAUCACACUGACUUUCCCUUCUCUUUUCCCCAACUCUCAGAUUCCUUCCCAGGCUGUCCCUCGCCGCCUUACAGUCCCUAAGACUGAAAAACCUGCACGGAAGAAAAGUGGUAGCAUGAGGAGUCGGGG